GGUUUCUCUCGGAGCAUUAAUCGACCUUUCUUAUUCCCUUAUCCUGUCGGCGUGGUUGACAUUUUCUGAGAACAUCCCAUUUCGUUUCCUUGGUCGUACUCGAAGUACGGUACCCUGGCCGCGUCGCCAUCUCGUUAGCAUCUCCAAGUUGAAAUAAUCAGGCAGACAUCAUGGCAGGGUGGCAGUCUUGGAAUCCCUUCAGCAAGAGGGAGACGCACAGCCACGGCUCCAUCGUCGCAUACAAGAUUCUGACCUUGCUCUCGUGGCUUCUGUCCGUCGUCGUCACAGUCUACUAUACCGUUGACGAGCCUCAUGAUGGCUUCACCAUCCGCCGGCGCAUAUGGGACCAGAACUAUCUGUAUCCCAGCGCCUUUACCAUGAACCACAUCAUUGGUGACAUUUACUGGGUCGUACUCUUCAUCCUCCAGUUUGGAUACGUCACAUCACUCUUCUCCAGCAAUGCCGAAGUCGUUGCCGCAGCUGCUGGCGUUGGCAGCCACUUCAUCCUCAACAACUUGUUUCACUUUGCAUUUGUCAUGCUCUUUGUGAACUCGCACUUCCACAUCGCCGAGGUCAUGUUGGUGCUUAACUUCUUCAACCUCAGCUCGCUGUAUUUCCGCCACAACACCGUCCCGCGCUUCAUCCACGUUCCUGUCGCCACGGGUCCGUUGGCAUGGACGUUUGUGGCCAUUUACUGGAAUGGCGCUAUCAUGGUGCCGCACCCGCAUAGCCUGGUGGCCAGGAUCUUUGGAAACAUCUUCAUCUGGUCCCUCUUGGCGUAUGGAGUCUUUUUCAUUGUCUUCUUCAAUGACUACACCAUGGGUUUUGCUCUCAGCGUCCUCUCCGCAGCAAUUGGCGUUGCCCAGUUCAAGCGCCAAGUCAUUGCGUUCCAGUGGAUCUUUGCCUUCAUCAUCAUGGCCAUUCUCUUCGUCAUGACAGUCGGCGUUGCUGUUCCAGCCAUGACGGGCAGAGAUGUCAGAUGGAGACGAACUAGGGUUACAGACCAGGAACGCGCGCCACUCCUCAACGAGGCAGCCGCCUAAGUCGAAACCAGGCGCAUCAAUUACUCACCAAUUCUGCGAAUCCAGAGGCGGUGAGAAGACGCUUGUUUCACAGCAGACAGAAUCACCCGAAAGCCUGUUUGCAAAUCACAAAAUAUUCUCGAUGUCAAUGGCUAUGACGUAGGAGAAAGUAGCACCACAGAUCUGUGAAUCUAGGUUGGCUAGGAGCUUAUCGCCAUGUUUCGGUUCGGCGCACGAAUUAAGUUGAGAUUAGGGUAUUGUUGUCCUCGUAAUUGGGUAGCAUUAGUGCUGUUUUAGGUCCGCCUUGAGUUGGUUACAUAGCAUAAAAAUUUCAUCAGAUGC